AACUUUUUUUAGUCUAGUGAGAAACUUGAAAUAAAAAAAUAUUGAAAUAAAAACUAUUAAAAAAAAAUAACUAAAUUCAUUAAAAGAAAAUCCUUAUAAAAAUUAAAAAAAUAAUAAAUUCACAUUAACGUCAUGGAAAUUUCUAAGCUAAACGGUUUUGAGUGUCCUCUGAAAAAGGCUGCCCGUGACCGUCUUGGUUUGUGGGGCAAUGGUGAUAAUGAUGUUCCUGGCAAUAUAACCGGCCUACAAAGAUUGCAUCAUAAAAAAUAUAAUAAGGGUCUAGCUUUUACUUUGGAAGAACGUCAAUUGUUGGGCAUCCAAGGUCUGUUGCCCGCCGUCGUUAAAACCGAAGAUGAACAAGUGCAGCACUCUUUAAUAUUGCUCGAUCGUUUGGAAAAUGAUUUGGACAAAUACAUGUACUUAAAUACUUUGGCAGAACGUAAUGAACGUCUCUUCUAUAAAGUGUUAGCUUCGGAUGUAGCAAAAAUGAUGCCAUUGGUGUAUACACCCACCGUGGGCUUGGCCUGUCAAAAGUUUAGUUUAAUUUUCCAACAUCCCAAAGGUCUUUACAUAACCAUUAAGGAUAAGGGCCAUGUCUACGAUAUUUUGAAGAACUGGCCAGAAACUGAUGUUCGUGCUAUUGUGGUGACUGAUGGUGAACGUAUUUUGGGUUUGGGUGAUUUGGGUGCCAAUGGUAUGGGCAUUCCUGUGGGAAAAUUGUCUUUGUACACAGCUUUGGCCGGCAUUAAGCCCAGUCAAUGUUUACCCAUUACCUUGGAUGUUGGCACCAAUACCGAAUCUAUUCUCAGCGAUCCGCUGUAUAUUGGCAUACGUGCGAAGCGUGUUACGGGUCCAGUGUAUGAUGAGUUUAUUGAAGAAUUUAUGAUAGCAGCUGUGCGUCGUUUUGGCCAAAACUGUUUGAUCCAAUUUGAAGACUUUGCCAAUGCCAACGCUUUCCGUCUUUUGGCCAAAUACCGCAAUGACUAUUGCACUUUUAAUGAUGAUAUUCAGGGUACAGCCUCAGUGGCUGUUGCAGGUCUGCUGUCUUCACUGAAAAUCAAGAACACCAAAUUAAGUGAGAACAAAAUUGUAUUCUUUGGCGCUGGUGAAGCUGCCUUGGGUAUUGCCAAUUUAUGUUUAAUGGCAUUAAUGAAGGAAGGACUCGAUGAGGCUGAAGCAAAGAAACUUAUCUGGAUGAUCGAUAGUAAGGGUCUCAUUGUGCAAAAUCGUCCCGCUGGCGGGCUUACUGAGCAUAAAUUGCGUUUUGCUCAACCUCAUGAACCCAUCGACACAUUGGCCGAUGUUGUUCGCAUUGUACGGCCUACUGUUUUAAUUGGUGCUGCUGCCAUUGGUGGUGCCUUUACCCCCGAAAUUCUUGAAAUGAUGGCUGAAUUCAAUGAAAUGCCCAUAAUUUUUGCGCUAUCUAAUCCCACCAGCAAAGCUGAGUGUACCGCCGAACAAGCCUACACUUACACUAAGGGUAAAUGUAUUUUUGCUUCGGGCUCUCCCUUCAAUCCCGUUGAAUACAAUGGCAAGAAAUUCUAUCCCGGCCAGGGUAAUAAUUCGUAUAUAUUUCCUGGUGUUGCAUUGGGCGUUCUCUGUUCCGGUAUGUUAACCAUACCAGAAGAGGUGUUCCUGUUGUCAGCUGAACGCUUAGCAGACCUAUGUUCCGCCGAAGAUUUGUCUAAAGGUUCUCUAUAUCCACCUUUGAGUAAAAUUACCGAAUGUUCUAUGCAAAUUGCUGAUUAUAUUAUGGAGUAUGCAUAUGCUAAUGGAUUGGCAUCUGUUCGCCCUGAGCCGCACGACAAACACGACUUUAUAAAAUCUCAAAUGUAUGAUUUGUCAUAUCCAUCAGCUGUACCAGAAGUCUAUGCCUGGAGCAAUUAAUUUAUUGCUCCAACAAUCGAUAAACAUUUCAUUGUGUUUAAUAUUGCUGACCAAUUCAUCAAACUAAACCGAUAAACAGUAGUAUAUUAUUGUAUGUCUAAAAUAUUAAUGUCUAAUUUAACACAAACAACAAAGCUUUAAGAAAUCAUUGUAACAUUUAAAGAGUUCACAGUUUAACAACGUUCACUAGAUGCACACUAUUUUUUGAAAAACAAAUUUUUAGUUAUAAAAAUAUUUUAAUUAUUAUUGUUUUUUAUUUUAAACAUUAUAGUGAUAUUUAGUAAUGUAUUAAUUAAUGAAUGGUUUUAAAUACGAAAAAACUUGAAUUUUUUAUUUGUUAACAAGUGCACCAUUUUUAAAUGAAAUAUAAUUUGUUGAAUUACAAAUUAGCAAAAACUGUUAAUAUAAUCAUUUCAUUAUAAAUUCAUAUUACCAUUUUUUAUCUGUUCACCACUUGCACACCAAUAAACGAAUAUCGAAUAUUUAUAGUUUUUAACCACAUUUUCAUUAAAUACAUUCUACGUUUUUUAAUACUAUAAAAACUAAAAUACAUGCACAAAGAAUCUAUAAAUUUCUUAGAAAGAACAUAUAUUGAUGCAGAUAUUUAUUUGAAUGAAAUAAAGAAAUCCCCAUUCAACUCUUA